UGAUACAGGAACCGGUCCAGUCUAAGCGGAAGCUUUAGUGUGCGCGGCUCUGAUUAAAAGCUGUGUGUCCUCACACAAUAGGUAGCUAGCGUUUGACAAAAAUACUCCAACGAAAGUAGUGUUGCAUGAAAUAUUAUAUGCAAUUCUAAAAUGUCAGUGUUAACGGAACCAGAGUUUCCACCGCAUCUUGUGUCCCUUAAAAACCUAGAUUCUCUUCUGCGAUGUCCCAUAUGCUUUGAUUACCUCAACAUUUCCAUGAUGACUGAAUGCUCUCACAAUUUUUGUUCCUUCUGCAUAAGGAAGUUUCUUUCAUAUAAACUGCAGUGUCCAGUCUGUAAUCGAGCAAUGACUGAACUGGAUCUAAGAAACAAUAGGAUCCUGGAUGAUCUCGUCGAGAGCUUCCAGGAAGCAAGGCAGCAGUUGUCACAAACAAACUUGGAGGACUCGUCGUCUGUUUCUCCAAAAACGCCUCGCCCGAAUGUCAAAAGGAAAGCACCAAAUGCAAGUCGGCCAGUGGUAGAAAGUACCAUUAUGAAAAAUUUUCUCAAAAAGGGGAAUUCCCCUUCCUCCUCUUCCUCUUCAUCCUCCCUUACAAAAAGGCCCCGACUACAGCCUCCAUGCAGCAAUAAAAAUUUGAGACAGGACUCAUUGAAGAUGAUUCGAACUGUGAAAGUGGAGUUAGUGCCAUUACCUGCAGAAAUGACAAGGACUCUAGUCAAAGAAAGGGUGGCGGUACCUUCAGGCCUGACAAGGGCUGUAAAGGAAAAGCAAGUUAAGGUUUCUGCACAGGUGUCUAGAUCUGUGAAGGACAGGAGAGUUGAGGUACCUGAGCAGGGUGCCAGGACUGUGAAAGAGGAGAGAGUUGAGGUCCCUAUGCCACUGACUGGGCCUGUGAAGAAGGAGAGAGUUGAGAUCCCUGGGCAGGGUGCCAGGACUGUGAAGGAGGAGAGAGUUGAGGUCCCUGUGCCACUGACUGGGCCUGUGAAGAAGGAGAGAGUUGAGAUCCCUGAGCAGGGGACCAGGACUGUUAAAAAGGAAAUGGUAGCAGAACCUGCAACAGAGUCAUCAUCCGGUUUGACCUCCAGCCCUGAGUCUGCUUCCACCUCCCUCAGUAUGAAUGCCAUAGUGAAAGUGGAGUGUCCGGUUUGCUCAGUGGGCAUCCUAGAGCACCACAUGAACAGUCACCUGGACAGCUGUCUGAUGAGAGGAGAGAAAAAGGAGAGCUUGCGGAGCUCAGCCAAAAAGAGGAAGCCGCUUGGCAAACUGGUGUACAACCUACUGAGCAUGCAGGUGCUGAGGGAGAGACUGAGGGACCUGAACCUACCCACCCAGGGUUCGCGGGAUCAGCUGGUCAGGAGACACCAGGAGUAUGUGCUCCUGUACAAUGCAGAAUGCGACUCCUUCACCCCCAAGUCAGCAGAAGAUAUAGCAAAAGAAGUGAAGGCGAAUGAAAAGAUGAGAGCCCAGCUGCAAAGGAAAUCUAAAAGUGUGAUGGUCUUUUCGAAGAAUCAAGCGGAAGAAGAAAUCGACAAAUUGCAUUCAAAUUAUCGGAAGCAGCACAGUGUUGAGUUUUCUCGCCUCAUUGACCAGGUCAAAGGUCACUGGGAGGCAACCAAGAAGGCUUGCGUCAAAGAGGAGGUGCCGGAAGGAGGAGGUGAAGCGAAGAGCGGGCGUCCCUCAGCUGUACAGGCAGAUGAGCGUAGCGACAGCGCAGCGUGUGUGUUGAGGGUUUCCUCUGAAGACCCAGCGGAGGAGUGGCUCCUGAACGCUGCGGCCACAGAGCGAUCCCCCAGCCCCGCCCUCAGUGACAUCUCAGUCAGCAGCUCCAUUUCAGACGUGUUCAGUAUUGAGGCUGACAGAAGCAUGGCCUGUUUUCAUCUUUGAAGUCGCAGGGAGAUUUUGACUACUACUCUGUACAGGGCUGAAAGAUCACAGUGGCCUGUGACAUGACUGCUUUCAUAAACAAACAUAAAGACUGGACACCUACAGUUCUGCUUGUUUACAGAAAGCACUCUCAGAGAAUAUCAGUGCUUCAGAAGAGAAGAAAAAGGGAAAGUAUAAAUGAGAUUAUCACAGAAAUAAUGAGACAUCCAUGGGCAUUUAAUAUUAAUAUUUAUAUUUUUGUAGAUAAAUCAUACAGACAACCUGUAAAUGCCUAAUAAACACCAACAGAUUUCUGAAAGACAAUGGAUAAUUCAAUUUUGCAUUUUUGAGCAGAGAUAUUUGUGUACAAUAGUGGCAGUAGUUUACUAUUACAGUAAUUAUAUAUACUACUGCUAACCCACUCAGUGUAUGUUUGCAUCUGUGCGUCUGUAUGUGUUUGUGUGUGGUUGCUAUUUGUGUGGUGUGAAAGAAAGUGUAUUUAAAUAUUUCACCCGUCAGUCUAAUAAAUUCUUCUCCAUGAUGAGUUUACACGUAAAGUGUCUAACUUGCUGUGGACCAACAGUAAGCGGACUGGGUGGAGAAAAGAUCAGAGAAUUAGAAUGCGCUGCUCCUUGGAGUGUGUGUGUGAGAGAGAGAGUAUGUGUGUGCCCCCAAUUGCUCAAGAUUAUACAUAACCACCCCAUACAGUAUGAUGUUCUGAGUGAUAAUGAUGCUUUUCUUAUUAAAGGGUUAAGUGCACUUACUAUUUACCAGCUAAGUGUAUUUUUCCUCCAAAUUUCUUUGUUUUCAUGCACUGCGUUUAUUUUUUAUUUGUAUUGGUAUUGUUUCAAAUAAAAUCUUAAUGCUGUUUCUGUGCAUAUUAUUAAUUUUGCAUUUAAUAAUCUGGUUGACUAGGUUUGGAGAGAAUAUGUAACUAUAUUUUGUUUUAUUAAACUUGUUUAUGUUUGACCAUUAAAAUAAAGGAGCAGAUUAAAUAUAGGGGUUUCAGAUGAAGGUCAGUGUUUUUAACUUGAUAUCUGGUAGAAGGCUUGAGAAGAAUUGCAUUACUGUCCGUUUUUGUUUCGGGAAGAAAUAAGAUCAUUUCUUUUUCUGGGAGGUUUCAGUCGGGCCGGUUGUGCCACUCUGGUUGAUUAGUUGUACUCUUUUCUCUUUUUUAUCCUGUAGAAUAUGUUAAAUUAUUCACAUGCUAAUGAUAAAAAAAAUGUAGCUGACAGUGCAGGGGUCCUGCAACGUAUCAGGCAGGGUGGAAAUUGCACAAAACACAAUUUUGCUCCCAAAAGCUUCCUCCCUGCUACUCCCAUAUCACAGAACCAUCCAUUGUAUCAAAUUGAGUUACCCCAUGUCAGAUUAAAGACCCAAGAACCAGCUGCCUUUGGUGUCAGUUAAUUUUACAAAAGAAAGGCAAGAAUACUGAGAUGCACUUCAGAGAAAGGAUAGGUCCAGACAUCAAAGGGAUCUCCUCUGUGACACUGCCAAAAUGUUUUCCGAAAUGGUAAUCACCUCUAAUUAAUUUGAAAUCUUCCAGCUCUCUCUCACUUGCUGCCCUUCUCCCUCUCUCACUCUGUUCUUCUCUGUCUCACACACUCUCUCACUCUCUCUCUCUCUCUCUCACUCUCUCUCACACACACACUCUCUCACUCUCUCUCACACGCACUCACUCUUUCUCUCUCUCUCUCACACAUCAGAACAACAUGUUAAGCCCACCGGAUGUAGCUGUUACAUCAGACGCCAUUCUCCCAUAGAAAUAAUAGUGCUUGUUUGUCAGUGGUAUCUUAUAUGGCAUCUCCAAAUGCUAUGAAGGACCUUCACUGGGAUCACAUUAGAUAGAAGCUUAUAGUGUCUGUCCUACUUCCUCUCGUGGUGCUAGUAGUUCUAUGAGAAUUCUGGGGACUGUGAUUAGUAAGAACCUCUGGGUGUGGGGUAGAAGUACAACUUUGGAAGUGAACUGUGGAUGGGAAGAUUGCUUCUGCUCAUUUCUCAGCAUGUUUGCGACGGUGUUCAAAGUAUUUGUCGAAUUUGGAAAUGAAGUCACUCAGGUCUGUGAGAGGUGUAACUCUGCCCGUGUAAGGCAAAGCGUAAAACUUACUUCAAGUUUCCACUAUUCUUUCAUUCUUUUGUAUUUGUAUGUAUUAAAGAACUGCAUUUGAUCCAGUUUUGGCCUCUGUACUGAAACUAACUCUACGAAUGUGUUGUUUCAGAAACGUGACGAACGUGA